UCUGUGGGGCCACUGUGUGUAUCUUUUUGUGGAUGUAAACUCUAGAAGGAACACAGGAAGACCCCAGUUUGGCUCCAACUCUUACCUAGUUUUAGCCUUAGGCGACAUCCCCAAGACAACAGGUCACAGGCCUCUGGGCCCCAUACCUACCUGGCCCAAGAGAGUGUAUGAAGAAAAUGGCUUUCUGGUCAGGGGGGGGACAGAUGGGUGGGUGGGCAGUGAAGGAUCGUGGCCUCUCCUCCCACAGGCUGUGCACCAAGAGCCCCCGAGGCUCCCACCUCCACCUCUGUCUCUGGAUGUGGUUGGGUACCACCCUGGCAUAUGGGCAGGGACAAGUAAGUAGCCGCCUGAGGCUGGCAGUGCUGCCCGAGGACCGGCUGCAGAUGAAGUGGAGGGAGGCAGAGGGAAAUAGCCUUGGCUACUUGGUGCAGGUGACACCCAUGGCAGGGGACUCAGAGCAGGAGCUGAUGCUGACCACCAAGACCCCCAAAGCCACUGUGGGCGGCCUGAGCCCUUCCAAGGGCUAUACCUUGCAGGUCUUCGAGCUCACUGGCUCUGGGCCCAUCCUGCUGGCACGGAAAGAGUUUGUGAUUGAGGAUCUGAAGAGCCACUCUCUGGUCAGAGGUAGCCGGAGGCUGGUGGGAGCCCCCCUGGAGCCCACACCCAUCCCUCUGGGAACCCUAGACCCUGAGCAGACUCCUGAGCCCAGCGUCGCCAUCACCCUAAGCCAAGGCCCUCCUGUUCUUGGAGUGACCAGUGAGGGUCAGGGGAAGCUUAAACAAGGACUCGGAAUACAGGACCAUGCUCAGCCAACUGCAGACCUAGAAAGGCAGAGUCACACUGCAUCCUCCGUGGGAAAGAGAGGGAAGUUGGCUGACCCUGAGUUCCACUGCACCCCCCCCAAACCUACGGAUAUGGUCUUCCUGGUGGAUGGCUCCUGGAGUAUUGGCCACAGCCACUUCCAGCAGAUCAAAGACUUCCUGGCCAGCGUCAUCAUGCCCUUUGAAAUAGGACCAGAUAAAGUCCAAGUAGGUCUGACUCAGUACAGUGGAGACCCCCAGACCGAGUGGGACCUCAAUUCCUUCCACACCAGAGAGCAGGUGCUAGAAGCUGUGCACAACCUCCAUUACAAGGGAGGAAACACCUUCACAGGCCUCGCCCUGACCCAUGUGUUGGGGCAGAACCUGAAGCCAGUGGUGGGUCUUCGUCCAGAGGCAGCCAAGGUGUUGAUUCUGGUGACAGAUGGCAAAUCCCAGGAUGAUGUACGCACAGCUGCCCACAUCCUUAAGGAUCUGAACAUUGAUGUCUUCACUGUGGGUGUGAAGAAUGCUGAUGAAGCAGAACUGAAGCUCCUGGCAUCCCAGCCAUUGGACAUCACUGUCCACAACGUGCUGGACUUCCCACAGCUGGCCACACUAGCUGACCUACUCAGCCGCCUCAUCUGCCAGAAAGUCCAGGGCAGGGACCUGAACAGGGACCCAGUCACACCAGCAGCAGCCACUCUGGCCCUGCACCCCCUCCCCACGCCUACCAGCCUGGUCCUGACCCACAUCACCUCCUCCAGUGUCCAUUUGUCCUGGACUCCAGCCCCACAUCUACCUCUCAAGUAUCUAGUUGUAUGGCAGCCUUCCAAGGGUGGUGCCCCCAGGGAGGUGGUGGUAGAGGGGCCCGCCUCAUUCAUGGAUCUUCAUAACCUGACCUCCAACACAGAAUACUUGAUCUCCGUGCUCCCUGUCUAUGAGAGUGGGGUUGGCGAGGGCCUGCAGGGCCGGGUAAGCACAGCACCCCUGCCUCCACCCCGGGCACUGGCCUUGGCUGCAGUGACACCUAGCACCCUCCACCUUACCUGGCAGCCCUCUGCUGGGGCUACUCAAUACUUGGUGCGGUACUUGUUGGCUGCCCCGACUGGGAAGGAGCAGAGGAGAGAGGUGCAAGUGGGGCAGCCUGAGGUGCUGCUGGAUGGCCUGGAGCCAGGCCAGGACUAUGAGGUUUCAGUACAGAGCCUCCGGGGACCAGAGGCCAGCGAGGCCCAGGCCAUCCACGCUAGGACCUCCACCCUAGGACCCCCAAGACACCUGAGUUUCUCUGAUGUGAGCUACAACUCAGUCUAUGUGUCCUGGGAAGCCCAGAGGCCUGUGCGCUCGGUCAAGGUCAGCUAUGUCUCCAGUGACGGCAGCCACUCUGGGCAGGUGCGGAUUCCUGGAAAUGCUACCUCAGCCACUCUGGGCCCCCUUUCCUCCUCCACCAUGUACACCGUCCAUGUCACCUGCUUUUACUUUGGGGGUAGUUCCUCCAUUCUGACUGGCCAUAUUACCACAAAGAAAGCCCCCAGCCCAAGCCAGCUGUCUGUGAUGGAGCUGCCAGGUGAUACAGUCAGGCUGUCAUGGGUGGCUGCUGCCUCAUCUGGUGUACUUGUCUAUCAGAUCAAGUGGACGCCCUUGGGAGAAGGGAAGGCCCAUGAGAUCUCUGUCCCAGGGACACUUGGCACAGCCAUCUUGCCUGGUCUGGUGAGGCAUGUGGAAUAUGAGAUCACCAUCCUGGCUUACUACAGGGACGGCGCCCGCAGUGACCCUGUAUCCCUCCACUACACCCCCUCUGCAGCAAGCAGGAGCCCACCAUCCAGCCUGUCACUAUCCUCGGAGACCCCGAACAGCCUGCAGGUGAACUGGAUACCACCAAGUGGCCAUGUCCUCCAUUACCGGCUUAAUUAUGCACUGGCUUCAGGCUCUGGACCAGAGAAAUCGAUCUCUGUGCCAGCCACCAGGAGCCACGUCACCCUUCCUGACCUGCUGUCUGCCACCAAGUACAGGGUCCUGGUCUCAGCUGUCUAUGGAGCAGGGGAGAGCGUGGCAGUGUCUGCCACAGGCCGCACAGCAGCCUGCCCAGCCCUGCAUCCUAACAGCUCCCUCCCAGGGUUUGACCUGAUGGUGGCCUUUGGCCUUGUGGCAAAAGAGUAUGCCUCUAUUAGAGGUGUGGCCAUGGAGCCUUCAGCCUUGGGUGUGGCACCGACCUUCACACUCUUCAAGGAUGCUCAGCUGAUGCGGAGGGCCAGUGACAUCCACCCAGUGACCCUUCCGCCAGAACACACCAUUGUCUUCCUUGUGCGCCUGCUUCCCGAGACACCCCGUGAAGCCUUCGCGCUGUGGCAGAUGAUAACUGAGGACUUCCAGCCCAUGCUUGGGGUUCUGCUGGAUGCUGGCAGAAAGUCUCUGACUUACUUCAACCAUGACCCCAGGGCAGUCUUGCAGGAAGUCACCUUCGACCUGCAGGAGGCAAAGAAGAUUUUCUUUGGGAGCUUCCACAAGGUGCAUGUGGCUGUGGGGCACUCCAAGGUUAGACUUUACGUGGACUGUCGGAAGGUGGCUGAGCGGCCCAUUGGAGAGGCUAGCAGCCCACCCUCUGCUGGCUUUAUCACACUGGGGAGGCUGGCCAAGGCCAGGGGGCCACGAAGUAGCUCAGCCAGGUUUCAGAUCCAGAUGCUAAGGAUCAUGUGCAGUGACACCUGGGCAGACCAGGACAGAUGCUGCGAGAUUCCUGCCCUGAGGGAUGGAGAGACAUGCCCAAACUUCCCUUCUACACGCACCUGCUCGUCCCAGACUCCUGGGCCCCCAGGACCCCAGGGGCCCCCGGGCCUCCCAGGGAGAAAUGGCACUCCAGGAAAACAGGGCCACCCAGGGCCCAAGGGAGAGCCGGGGCCACCUGGACAGACAGGACCCAAAGGCCCUGGAGGUCAGCAGGGGUCACCAGGGACCCAGGGCCGCACAGUCCAGGGACCCAUGGGUCCACCAGGGGUCAAAGGAGAGAAGGGGGACCAUGGACUUCCAGGCUUGCAGGGCCUCCCUGGCCAACAAGGCAUCCCUGGGAGAGCUGGCCUUCAAGGACCAAAGGGAAUGAGAGGAUUGGAGGGACCUGCCGGCCUGCCUGGACCACCUGGCCCCAGGGGGUUCCAGGGCUUGGCAGGGGCCAGGGGCACCAAUGGGGAACAAGGGCCCCCAGGGGCUGUGGGACCCACGGGUCUACCAGGGCCUAAAGGUGAACGAGGAGAGAAGGGAGAACCACAGUCCCUUGCCACCAUCUUCCAGCUGGUGAGCCAGGCCUGUGAAUCAGCCAUACAGACACACAUACUGAAGUUGAACUCCUUUCUGCAUGAGAACUCCCGGCCCCCGAUGCCCAUCAUGGUAGAGGCUGAAAAACCAGGCAGGCCUGGCUCCAUGGAGUCCCCUGACUCACAUAGAAAGACCCUACUUCCUGGAGACUGGGGACAUAGCUACCACCUUGAGGACCAAGGAGAGCCUGCAGCUGUCAGAUAGGCAGCCUUGGGCUGCUGGGGAGACAGCCCCCAAGACCCUUGGAGUGAACAGGACCUUCGCUACCAUUUCAGAUCACCCUGUGUUGCCUCAUGUUAUCCUCAGUUUUGUCUGGACACUGAAAACAAAUGUGUCCCAGACAGGUGGAGAGGGAACUGAGGAGAGACCUGAAGUGGCAGGAGUGAGAAAGGAGAAGGAUGUUCCCACCCCAAGCCCAAGCCGUUUCUUUGUAUCAUUUCCAAGUUCAGAUAAACCUCUGACUG